AUGAUUAUUAUCGUCAUAAUCUCACCCGCUCUACUUGCCGCCGCUGACGCCUUUCCUAGUAGCAGCUUCAACCGUGUCGCUAUGGAUGACCUUUGUGGUCGCCACAGUGCUAUUCUCGAUACCGUCUCGGGAGAAGAUCGUGAAGUGAUGAAGCUCAUGUGCGAGUAUUGGCCCGAGGACAAGUGGGGUUCAAUCAACGACGCCGACUUGAACGAAGUGGCCACUUUGGCUGAGACUGGCGAGCUUGCUGAAAUUAGACAGAAGUCUGUGCAGUGGACGAAUGCGUUUCGGUCGAGCCCGAAGUUCUGUUGGCGAAAACUGAUGAAAAAAAGGGAGAAUAAGAAGGCGAUGUGUGAAGGUCCCGGCCUUAGUGGCAACUCUCCUGGAUUCGGCUGGAAGUGUAAGAGGAACUGUCGAGACUUUUGUCGAGACGAGUUCCAGAACUACUUCGGCAAGACCAGCCGCCUAUUUUGGUGUAAAUGCCCGAUGGACGGUAGCUUCGGCCGAAUGGUGGACCCUCCUUGCCCUCCUGGUGAAUCACUCAUGAUGGGCAAAUGCUACAAGUCUUGUCCUGCUGGCAUGCAACCAAGUUUGAUCCCAGGUAGAUGCUCUACUGACUGCUCUCGGAAUACCAAUGGCUUGGUUAAGGCGUGUGGGUUGGGGUGCUCCAGGACAGCGUUCGAGUGUGGCACAGCUGUAGGAGCAAUGGUCGCUACAGUGGGUGCCUCCGUCCUUGGGGCGUCUGCUGAACUCGCCCCGCCGUUGAUCUCUAGCAUACUUCUCGGGCUAUCGAAAAUGGUCGCCUUAAUCGCUGAGAUCGUCCAAGGCCUCUCUAGUGAGAUCAAGAACCUACUGCAAG